CAAAUGGCAAAGUCUAUGGUAUUGCUUAUGAUUAUGGCUUUAUCUUAUUUUACAACUACAGCGAACUUACAGGUGAAGAACAUCUUCUUGCUAGCCGGACAGAGCAACAUGUCCGGCCUAGGAGGUGUUGUGAUGAACAUAUGGGAUGGUAUUGUUCCGCUGGAGUGUAGUCCUAAUCCGGCCAUCCUCAAACUUGAUGCCAAUCUUCAAUGGGUGGAGGCAACUGAACCUUUACAUGCGGAUAUCGACGUGAAUGUUACUUGUGGGAUUGGUCCAGGCAUGCCCUUCGCAAACUAUUUAUUAAAUAAGACAUCGUGUCUUGGGAUAGUAGGGUUGGUACCUUGUGCGAUGGCAGGGAACAAAAUAAGUGAAUGGCAAAAGGGGACUUUCCUUUACAAUCAGCUGGUGACGAGAGCCACGGCUGCUGCUGUGCAAGAAUGUGGGGUAAUUAGAGCUAUGUUGUGGUAUCAGGGGGAGAGUGAUACAGUGAGACCUAGUGAUGCAAAUGCUUAUAAAGGAAGGAUGCAAAAUUUUUUCACUGAUUUGAGAAGUGAUCUAGGGUUACCAGAGCUUCUGAUUAUCCAGGUGGCUCUAGCUUCAGGAUUAAAUUACACAGAGACAGUGAGAGAAGCACAGUUAAAUCCUGAUCUUCCUAAUGUAGUAACUGUUGAUGCCAAAGGCUUGCAGUUGGAAAAAGACAACUUACACCUUACUGCUUCUUCCCAAGUCCUCCUAGGCCAGAUGAUGGCUGAUGCUUUCCUUUAGACAAUCUCCAUCAAAUCCCCAUCUAUUAAUAUUCAAUAGUGAAAGAAUAUUUCAAUUAUUUCAUCAACUUGUUAAAUAAAAAGAAAAGCGUUACCGGUGUAACAUUCAACAAAGAAAAAACGUUUAAUAUUCUGUAAUAUAUCAUCAUCAAACAAUACAAGUCAUUUUUUAAUGUA